AUGGAUUUUGAUGAACGGAUUUCUGGCUCCAGUAUGUAUUUACCGAGCUGCACUUACUACGUCUCCGGAGCCGACUUCUCGGGUCUCCCUCAUUAUUUAACCCAGAGCCAGUCCUCCUGCCCCAUGACAUACUACCAGUCCUCAGCCCUGCCACAGGUCCCAUCUGUUAGAGAUGUGGCUUUCAGAGACUAUGGCAUUGAUACUUCAAGUAAAUGGCACCACAGCAGGGGGAGUCUGUCACACUGCUACGCUGAGGACGUCGUACACAGGGACAGCUGGGUGAGCCCGACCUCCCGGGGGGUAGAGAUCCCGGUGAAAGGCAGCCCCAGCGCCAGCCACUCCAGCUCCUUCAACCCAACUCCGGGAUUCUGUGGCAGCAUUGGCAGAAACGGGGUCCUACCGCAGGCGUUUGAUCAGUUUUUCGACACUGCCUACGGGGGCUCGGAAGGCAACAGCACGCCGACAGUACAAGCAACCACGGACACGGACAGACAAGCCAGAGCAAGCCCCGCUCCAGCGCACCCGGGAUCAGACACGGCGGAGAGCUGCAGCCCUAAGUCGUCCUCCGGAAACAGCGAGGAGAAACAGAGCAGAGGCAGCAGUGGUCAGAGGACGCGCAAGAAGAGGUGUCCGUACUCCAAGUAUCAGAUCAGAGAACUGGAGAGGGAGUUCUUUUUCAGCGUUUACAUCAACAAAGAGAAACGUCUGCAGCUCUCGCGGAUGCUCAAUCUGACAGAUCGCCAAGUCAAAAUUUGGUUUCAAAACAGGAGGAUGAAAGAGAAGAAACUUAACAGAGACCGUUUGCAAUACUACACGACAAACCCUCUUCUAUAA